AUGGCUCGCGCCAGUAAGGAACGUCUUGCUUCAAAGAAGGCUGGGAAGGCUGACGUUAUCUCAUUCAGAGUAAGAAAAAUGAAGUGUCUCGAAAAAGAGGCUAACAUCAUCCUCCCAGAAUGCAGCCACCUCAAUCCCAACGAUGACUCAAUUGAAAAUCUCUGCCAGAAUUUUGAUGUCAAAGGAGGAUUUAUCAACAAGUUCAACGAGCUUUGUAUGCGCAACACCGGCCCACAUGAGCCGAAAAUUGACAUGAACUACAUUGUCAAAGCUUUCGUUGGUGUGAUCGGCAAAAAGGUUGGGAUUACGGACUCCUCACCCAUUUACUUGAAGAUGCACAAAUGUCUGACAUUGGAAAAGAUUGAAGACAUCCUUUGGAACGAAUGGCUUGAUCCCUGUGAGAUUAUGGCCAAGGCGUUUCUGUUGCACAACAGAAGGGGAAUACAUGUCAACGCUUACGUUAACAACACUGCCCGCAUACCCCUCAUCUUUUCGGCAAUCGCGCUGCUGGCCAAGACCUUGGAAAACGCUUUGACGAUCUGUCAUGAAAUUUUCGAGGUGUUGAAAGAAAAUGAUCGUCUGUGGUACAAAUCAAUCUUCAUAGACAAACCAAUCGUCCUUACGCAAACUGUCGAGUGGACCAUUGUCUGCCCUACUCUGUAUGAUUAUCAGGGCACCACUUUGGAUCAAAAGCGUUACAAAAAGAUCAAUGAAUUCCUCGACUUCUCAGAGGGUGCUAGUGACAAUCUCUGGAAUGUCGGUAAACUUGAAGCUACUGCGACGUAUCUUCAAUGCUCUGAACACUAUGACAAGUCUUUCAAGUACAGGGUGCAUCUUCGGAAUGUGAUACUGAGUUUCUCAUUGUAUCAGAACCCUUUGGAGGAACUGGUUGCGUAUACUAUCGCCCGAGUGGUUGAGACAACACUGGGCGCCUGGUUUCGGUCUGAUUGGAUUUUGAGCAAGGCUGCCAAAAAAUUGUUCGAGUGUAGAACUUGGAGGGCAUUUGAAGAGUGGUGUGCGGAGAACAUGGUGCAACCCCGUGCAAUCAUGGGGAAAAUCUUCGUCGUUUCGAAUCAGCCCAAUCAAGAUGAGUCGUCAAUUUUAAAUGACCAUAAUUACGUGCCGUUUUUGGCGUACCAAUGUGGGCUUUUGAGAAAACUCUCACGGGAGUGCUCAUGGGAGGAAGUGUCUAUCAGGGGUACUGCAAUUAUCGAGAAAUUGAUGAGACUGCAGGAAUACUGGUGGGAACCCCGCUUGCCGACAGGGUCACCAUUGCUGGCGAUUCAACUCCUGCAAAGAAUUGAAGCGUUUCGUGCGCUUCCGACGCUUGCUUCUGGUUACCCUCACCAAUGA